CACAGAGGAUAAACAAGUAAGUAACUUCUGGUUGCGCCUUCGUCGGAAAAUGAUAGUGUUCGGCCAUUCUGGUGCCGGAGUUGGUUUCCUCGCCGGCAAACAGGUCUUUCCGGUGAACUACGAGGCUGAAGUUUCCCGUCGUCUUCUUGAAGCGUCACAUUCAAACGAUCUGACAUUGGCUCUUGAAUGUAUCGCCGAUCCGUUCGUAGACGUUAAUUUCGUCGGCGAUGUGUGUUUAAAGGUUCGAAAGGCAGAGGUCGUGACUCAUGACGAGUUGCCGAACGAAGUUAGGAUAAUUUACGAGGAGUUCAAAACCGACGUUACGGCGUUGUUCCUCGCCGCUCAUAAUGGAAAUGUUGCUCUAGUGAGAAAACUACUGAGCACUGGAGCCGAUGUAAACCAUAAACUUUUCAGGGGAUUCCCAACCACGUCAGCUGUGAGGGAGGGACACCUUGAGAUCUUGGAGAUGUUAGUUAAAGCUGGGUCAUCUCAGCAGGCUUGUGAGGAAGCUCUGUUGGAGGCCAGCUGUCAUGGGCAUGCAAGAAUUGUGGAGGUGCUCAUGGGAUCAGACCUGAUUCGACCUCGUAUUGCUAUACAUGCUUUCUUCACUGCAUGCUGCCGGGGAUACGUAAAUGUGGUGGACACUCUCCUUAAGCUUGGAGUGACCGUGGAUGCUACAAAUCGCGUGCUGCUCCAAUCAAGUAAACCUUCUCUGCAUACAAAUGUUGACUGCACAGCACUUGUGGCUGCUAUUGUCAGUAGGCAAGUCUCUGUAGUUCGUCUGUUGCUUGAGGCUGGUGCAAAAACUGAUGGACCAGUGCAACUUGGAGCCUGGUCCUGGGAUGCAGCUUCAGGUGAAGAAUUUCGAGUAGGUGCUGGGUUAGCAGAUCCCUAUGCCAUUACUUGGUGUGCUGUGGAGUAUUUUGAAGCAACUGGCACUAUUUUGCAAAUGCUCCUCCAGCGGCUUGAUUCCUGCACAUCUCACAGUGGAAGAACUCUUCUCCAUCAUGCUAUUCUUUGUGGUAAUGCAGGAGCAGUUUCGGUGCUUUUGAAAUGCGGUGCUUAUGUGGAAUCUCCAGUUAAAACCACCCGGAACAUUGAGUUUCGUCCUAUACACAUGGCAGCCCGACGUGGGUUCUCAAGCGUUCUUAAAUGUUUGAUUGACUUUGGCUGUGAUCUGGAUGCAAGAACGGACACAGGAGAUACAGCUUUAAUGAUCUCUGCAAGAUUCAAGAGUGAAGACUGCCUCAAAGUAUUGACUAGAGCAGGUGCUGAUUUUGGUUUGGUUAAUGUAGCUGGUGAAUCUGCAAUCUCCAUUGCUGCGUCCAAUCGAUGGAAGCUCAGUUUUCAGGGUGCAGUUCUGGAAGUCAUCCAGAGCGGAAAGGUUCCCAAGUCGAGCAACACAUCUGUCUUUUCACCAUUACUGUUUGUGGCUCAAUCCAGGGACCUUUUGUCCCUGAAGGCGCUAGUUGGACGAGGAGAGAUUGAUCUGGAUAGCCAAGAUGACCAAGGUUUCUCUGCUGUAAUGAUCACAGCUGCAGAGGGUCAUGUCGAGGGCUUCAGGUUGCUUGUUUACGCUGGGGCUAAUGUCAAGCUGCAAAACAAGUCUGGGGAGACUGCUGUUACCCUCUGUGUGCUAAAUCCAAAUCGUGAUCGAUUUGAAAAGGUUCUGCUCGACUUUGCUCUUGAACAGGGUAGUAGAAAUGCUGCAGGUUUCUAUGCACUGCAUUGUGCAGCUCGAUGUGGUGACUUGGAUGCAGUUAAGCUGUUGACAACCAGGGGCUACGACAUAAACAUGUCAAAUGGGGAUGGUUAUACCCCACUCAUGCUGGCAGCAAGGGAAGGACAUGGCCGCACAUGUGAAUUCUUGAUCUCCUGUGGAGCACGUUGUGAUAUGAAGAACGCAAUGGGUGAAACUGCACUAUCGCUUGCUAGAAAGAUGCAGAAAAAUGAGGCAGAGCGGGUGAUACUGGAUGAACUUGCUAGGAAGUUGGUCUUAACUGGUGCUCAGGUGAAGAAGCACAUAAAGGGAGGUAAAGGGUCUCCACAUAUGAAAGUUCUUACAAUGGUUGAAGCUGCUGGAAUAUUGCGUUGGGGAAAAUCGAGCAGGCGUAAUGUGGUAUGCCAAGAGGCAGAAGUGGGACCAAGUUUGAGGUUUCAAAAGACGAGGCAAAGGAAAGGGGAUGCUGAGCUUCCUGGAAUCUUUAGGGUGAUCACAGCCAAGAACAAGGAAGUGCACUUUGUGUGUGAGGGUGGUUCUGAGAUGGCAGCGCUUUGGGUGAGGGGGAUAAAGCUUGUGACAAGAGAAGCUAUUUUUCGCUAGUAGAGAUAUUCCUCAGUGAUAAGCACAAGAGUUUAGAUGUAUAGUUAUUAGCUUUACUACUUUCAUUUUGUCAUAUUGUUAGAUGAAUUCUUACUUAUGUAGAGUAUCUCUUAGCAUCUGUAGUACUUCGUCUUGUAGUACUUCGUUUGUAAAUGUCAUUUU